GUUUUGGCGAUAUUUUUACCAGUUUUUCUGAAUUUCCACUGUUUGAGUGAAACAAUAAUGUUACUACCCACUCCGCAUAUUAAGGUCCACGAAGACAACUUCUGUUACAAUAUCAUGUUGUUGUAGAAACACAAACUCAAUCUUGACUACAUUACUGUUUCUUCAUUCAUACAUCCUCUUUGAUCCUCCAUGUUGUCUUUAUUUCCUGUCCGUGUCUCUGGUUCAGGCAGGACAAGGGUCUGGAAAACACUCAGAAGAUUCUGGAAAAGUUGGGUUUGGGGAGGGAUAUGGUCGACUCCCGCGUGGUGCGUCUUGUUUGCGACACCAUCUCCUCACGCUCUGCCCGUCUCUGCGCCGCUGCCCUGGCAACCCUCGCCAACCGUAUCCGUGUCAACCGUGGGUUGAGCCAUCUGAAGACCACUGUGGGGGUGGAUGGGACAGUCUACAGAAAACACCCCAAUUUCAGCGAGGAGCUCCAGGCGACGGUGCGACUCCUUGCCCCCAAGUGUGACAUAACCUUCCUCGUCUCAGAGGAUGGCAGCGGGAGGGGCGCUGCCAUGGUAACGGCCGUGGCGCAGCGGCUGGCUCGCCAGUCCCGACUGUUAGAGGACAUUGAUGGUGAGGGCGAAGAUGAAGAGGAGGAGGAAGUGGAGGAGGAAGAGGAGGAUUAAUAAGAGCACAGGGGAUACAGAUGAUACAGAAUCGAGUCUGAAAUCGUUUUUCUGUUUUUAAAUUGAAAUAAAAAAGGAUCCAUUUUCUUGAAGAGAAAUGGUCAAAUA